CUCUGGAGAUGUUCAAAACCCACCUGGGUGCUUUCCUGUGCAACCUGCCCUAGGGAACCUGCUUUAGGAGGGGUUGGACCAGAACUUCCAUUCCAACCCCUGUGCUUUUGGGAUUCUGCACCCCACGCAUGGCAAAGCAUACAGCCCCAAAGCAGAGCCCUUUUAAUUCCCACCGCCUCUCCAGCUGCUGAAGGAGGAGGAUGGGAACAAACCCCACAAAUCUUCUCUGCGGCUCUCCAAGAAAAACAGCAGCAACCCGAUCCCUUCCCGUGCGUGCCUCCCAGCCCUGUGUUUGUCCUGGAAGCGAAGCCCCAUGGACGUGCUGCUGCUGGGUGUGCUGCUGCUGGGUGUGCUGCUGCCCACCGCCCAAUUAUCCACCUCCCCACUGCCCCCCACACCACGCGAGCUGGCCCGCACCGUGCUGGAGGCACACGGGCGCGAUGCGGGCAGCAGGCUGAGGCUGCUCAAGCUGCAAGGAGUCACCAGGACGGUAGGAACCUCGCUCGGGUUUCCCGUUGGGUUUUGGGAAGAGGGAGCCUUCUCGCUAUGCCAAAUGCUGUCGUUUCCUUGCAGAAGUUUGACUGGGGCACGCACUUCACCAUCAAUCUCACCGCUCGUGAGACCGCCUGCCCUGCCGGCCCCACUGCGCCACGCGGUGCUGCAUGCAGAGCCCGGCCGGGCCAGGUGGGUGUGGGGCAGGGUGUGGGACCCCCUCCCAGCACUGCUCCCUCCUGAUCCCCCCAUCCUGCAGCAGGUCCAGCACUGCGUGGCUCAGAUCUCCGUCUUUGCCUUCCUGCCUGACGUGCCGCUGUCGUUGCUGGAGUGCAGCCGGCAGACGCCCAGCAGCUCAGGGCAGCCCCGCUCCCGAAGCCGGCACAGCCCUGCAACUCCACAAGCUGUUGGCCUCAGGGAGCUGGCACCGUCCUGAAGCCUGUGAGCGCAUCCAUCCUGAUGCAGCAGGGGACAUGCAGAUCUCAUCCAUGGACCCCAUCCCAUAGACCCAGGGGCUAAAAUAAAGAUGUUCCAGGGCUGUGUUGUGUAUGUGAUGCCUCGCUCCCAUCCCACCAUCCUGCAGUAGAAUGGAAAUGAGGUUGCACAAAGCUUUUGGGUCAUGAUGGGGUGGCUGCAGCCCCACGUGCAGCAUCUCCAUCCCAACUGCCAGUACCACGUUGGCCAACCUGUGGGCUGGUAACAGAUGGCAGCAUACAGGGCUAGUCCACAUGGCUGGCUCAGAGCCUGGGGGGCUGUUGCAGGGGACAGGAGGGGACCAGGGCUGCUGCAUGGGGGGUACCUGGGAGCACAGCCCCUGUGGUUUGGGGACAGAACGCUGUGGGGAUGGUAGGGAGUUGAAUGGGAAAUGGUUUGUGGGAGUGGGUGGGUCAAAAAGCCUUUACAUGGGGGUGGGGACAGGGAUGGGAAGGAAUUCUUGAACCCAAUGGCACCUGUCCCAUGGGUCUGGGGGUGCCAGGAAACUCCACUGUCCCUAGGAUUCAGACCAUAAUGUGAUGGAGCCUCAUCCCAAUGGGAUGGAGUCAAAUCCAUCCCUCCAUCCCAGUUCUGGCACUGCCAGUCUGCUCCCUGGGGGUCAUUUUGUGGCCAUGUGGCCUCUCAACCAGAGCACCCCAUGCCCUGCAGCACGGACAGGGAUGUGGGAUGCAGCCUGGAGUGGGACAGGGCCCCACAGCCCAUGGGCACAGCCACAUCCCCACCACAGC